CGUUUCUAAUUGCCAACUUCAAACUUCUCUUUCCCCAAAUUAUUUCAUUUUCUCUCUCCUACAUCACCGGUUUUCGAUCUUCUUACUCCUCCAUUGAAGUUUCUUCUCAGAGAUUCCCUUACUUUCCUGCUCAAUUUCAACUCCAAGUUCUGAUUCUGGGAUCUAGUUUAAAAAACUGUUAAUCUAUGGAAGUCGAAAAGCAGUUUGAGCAGAAAUUGAAAUCUAUCCCAGCUGCACCAAAAGAAGCAGAAAAUCUGAAUGGCUCUUUUGACUGCAAUAUCUGCUUGGAUUUUGCCGAUGAACCUGUAGUCACCUUUUGUGGGCACCUAUACUGCUGGCCUUGCAUCUACAAGUGGUUUCACGUCCAAAGUGCUUCUCUUCCAUCUGACGAGUAUCCACAAUGCCCGGUUUGCAAGACCGAAAUCUCUCACACAACUGUGGUCCCACUGUAUGGCCGAGGCCAAUCCCUGACCAAUCCUGAACGCGAGGCUAAGUCACCUUCCCAGGGUGGGAGUGUGCCUCCCAGACCGACAGCAUGUGGGACCCGUGCUUUGUUAAAUGCUGCAUCUCAGCCUAGCCACCAGCUCCCCCCACACCGUAAUCCUUAUCAACAACCCUUUGUAACAGGCUAUGUUCACCCGUAUGAUGGGUCUGACGUAGUUUCUUCCUCAUCAUCGCUCAACCAAAAUAUUACUCAACCUUCUGUUGAUGGUAUGUUCGGGGAGAUGGUGUAUGCAAGGGUGUUUGGCAACUCGCAGAGCUUGUACUCAUAUCCGAAUUCAUAUACUGCAGCAGGGAGCAGUAAUCCUAGGGUAAGAAGGCAUGAAAUGCAAGUUCACAAGUCCCUAAAUAGGGUUUCAAUCUUCCUUCUGUGUUGCUUCAUUCUUUGCCUGGCCUUUUUCUGAUUGUAUGUAGUUAUGUACUUUUGGGGCAGGCAUAUCAUUAUUUGUAUUAUUUUGUAAAUAUACAUGUAUAUCAGAAAAGAGUUAUUUGGGCAACAUGAUUUAUAGACGUUGCUUCAUAUUCUAAAGAGUGUAUUGUAAAAACGUUCGAUGUAUUUCAGUUUUAGUCAUUAGCUAAA